UCUUCAACUAGAACAUGCUUUUUGUGAAAAGCAAAAUAUUCGAUGUCGAUCGCCACAAACUUUGACAGAUUCCCACGGAAUUGAUUCUCUGCUUUAUAAUGCAGCUAAAUUCACAGGUGUAGCCAAGUUUCCAUCGUUUCCCCAUUUAGACACGACCUUAGAUGAGUAGCAAACAAAUCGAGAUCCAAUUCGAAGACCCCAACCCCCACAAAUGGUGCCAACCGCUGAAAGAAGAUGUGUUCGCAGCCCCAACUACGCACAAACCAGGAUCGCUCUUCAGCCCUUCGCUAUUCGGUAAAUUCUUCGAUCCAUCAGACGCCUUUCCUCUAUGGGAGUUCCAAUCCGACGAGGUGCUGCCGAAUUCCGCUCACCGCAGCGUCGAUUGGUGCCAAACUCAUACUGAUUUUAUCCUCAAAGCAGAUCUCUCUGGUAAUAGGCAUAGCAGUGUUGAAGUUGCAGUGGAAAAUGGGAAGAUUAUGGAGAUAAGUGGGCAACAAAAGGAGAGUAAGAAUAGGAAGUGGAAAAGCAGCCAGUGGUGGGAGCAUGGGUAUGUUAGGAGGAUUGAAUUGCCUGAGAAUGCAGAUUGGAGGAAAACUGAAGCUUAUAUCAACAAUGAUUCUUCUCUGUUAGAGAUCAGAAUCCCCAAACUUCCUACAGAUUCUGAUGCACCAAAAGGAAGUUAAUUUAACAUAUCAUCUGCUGCAGGAAAUUAUCUCUCUCUUUUAUUUCAUGAAAAAUCUCUACAAGUGAAUAUGAAUAUUGAAUACAGAUAAUAAUCUUUGUAGUGAGCUGCUACUUCGUGUUUA